GAACCUCUCUGAGGUGACGCCAGUGGUCAUGGUGGCCCUCUUUGGAGUGUUCGACUGCCCCGUGUGCCACCAGCAGUGUCCCCUGGGUGACAUAAUGGAGAACUUCUUCCUGCAGGACAGCGGGGCUAGCAGCGGGCAGAGCUGCACCAGCUGCGAGGACAACGCGGCGGCCACCAGCUUCUGCCUGGAGUGCGCGGAGCCGCUGUGUGACACCUGCGUGGAGGCGCACCAGAGGGUCAGGUACACCCGGGACCACACUGUGCGGGCCUUGGGUGUGCCCGGUCCCUGCCCCGGCCCGUGCCCCGCGCACCCCUCGGAGCCGCUGGCUCUGUUCUGCAGCGCCUGUGACGCCCUCACCUGCCGGGCCUGUCACCUGGGCAGCCACCGCGACCACCCCUCCCAGCCUCUGGAGGAUGCCGUGUGCCGGCAGCGCUCGGUGCUCUCCGCGCUGCUGCAGCGCCUGGGUGACAAACACGCCGCGCUGCAGCGCUCCACGCGGGAGCUGCGCGCCGUGUGGGUGUCCCCGUGUGCCCCCCGUGUCCCCACGGGUGUCCCCGUGUCCCCCCUGUGUGCCCCCCGACAGUGGUGUGUCCCCGUGUGUGGCGCUGGGUGUGACAGUGCUGUCCCCGUGUGUGGCGCUGGGUGGCAGCCCUGUCCCCGGUGUGCCGCGGUGGCACCGUGUGACACUGCGUGGCGCUGCGUGGCACUGCUGUCCCCACAGCGGGUGUCAGACGCCCGGCAGCAGCGCCUGCAGUGCCAGCACCGCGCUCUCAGCCGUGCCCAGCGGCAGCAGGAGCACGUUCUGCGCUUCACCGCCCGUGCCCUCGACAGCCCGCACGGCGCCGCCCUGCUGCUCUCCAGGAGGCUGAUCCACUCCCAGCUGCUCCGCGCGCUCCGUGUCACCGUGGAGCCCCUGGAGCUGCAGGGGGACCUGAAAUUCCAGUGGGACCGGCUGGCCUGGACCAGGAGCGCCGAGAGCUUCGGUGAGGGACACCGGGGGACAGUGAGGGGACACCCGGGGGACACUCGGUGGACUCGCAGGGCACAGGGAACAGCAGGGACAGGGGUGUCGUGUGACAAUGGACAGCAGGGAUCAGGACGUGGGGUGACAAGGGACAGGAGGGGUGAGGAUAGGGGUGACAAGGGACAGGAUGUCCCAGGGAAGGUGACAAGGGACAAGAGGUUUGGGGGGGUGACAAGGGACAGGGAGUCCCUGUUCGGGGGGGGGGACACAGGGAGGGGACACAGGGAGGGGACAGCAGCAGCCCCCCUGACCUGUUUGUCACCAGCCACCAGCCCCCCUGAAAAUGGUGUCACCGCAGUGAGGAGGAGGAAACCCGGGAAUUCUCCCAAGGAGGAGAAGUUCGUAAAGAAGCUGUUCAUUAAGCGGAGGGGCCCCCCCGAGCCCCAGCCCGGCCCCCGGCUGCCCAAGGUGCCGCGGGUCCGCCUGGAGCGGCUGCAGCUGGACCUGGAGCUGGACCCGGCCCAGCCGCCCGUGUUCCGCAUCUUCCCGGGGCCCUCGGCCCGGGAGUUCAGCGUCAUCGUCAUCGAGCGGGGCACGGCGGGGACAGAGGGGACAGAGGGGACAGCGGGGACAGCGGGGACAGCGGGGACAGAGGGGACAGAGGGGACUGCAGGAACGGUGCAGCCACACAGAGCCCUGCCUGUCAAGGAGGAGCAGCAGGAGUCACCCAUUGGGGACACUGGUGACACCAAACCCGUGGGGCUGCUGCCCCCUCCCCCGGGGGAGCUGGGCCCUGCCCCGGGCUCCUCCCCCGGCCCAGGGCUCCCAGUGCUCCCAGUGGGUCUCCCAGUGCUCCCAGUGGAGCUCCCCGUGGGGGUCUCGUGCUGCCGCGUGUGCGGCCAGGCUGGGGCCGUGGUGAUGUGUGACCGCUGCCAGCGCUGCUUCCACCUGCACUGCCACCUGCCCGCCCUGCAGGACGUGCCCAGCCCCGAGUGGACGUGUUUGCUGUGCCAGGAGCUGCCCCCGCCCAGCCCGGACACGGAGCAGGGCACCCUCCUCAAGCUGAGCCCCCAGGACCAGCAGAGGUGCGAGUUCGUGCUGCUGGAGCUGCUGUGCCACGAGCCCUGCCGGCCCCUGCACCGCCUCUCCAGCUGCCCGGACGGGCGCGACGCCAUCGACCUGACGCUGAUGCGGGCGCGGCUGCAGGAGAAGCUGAGCCCCCACUACCGCAGCCCCGAGGAGUUUGCCCGCGACGGCUGGCAGCUGCUGCGCCAGUUCCACCGCCUCACCGAGGACAAGGCGGAUGUCCAGUCCAUCCUGGGGCUGCAGCGUUUCCUCGAGAGCCGCCUCAACGCCGUCUUCGGGGACCAGAAGUUCUCCCGGCUCCUGCUGGACCCCGAGGACAGCUUGGAGAUGUUCCCAGGGUCCUGAUCCCCCCUCCUGGGGGGGUGAAACCCCUCCCAGGACCCCAAUUUCCCCCCUGAGGGUCCUGGUUUUCCCCCUCCUCACGGUUCUGUUUUCCCCCGGAUCCUGCCCCAGAGCCUCCCAGGAGGUGGGGAUGUCCCUGUCCCCCGUUAUCCUGGGGUCACUCAGAAAAAUACAGCCCUGGUUCAUCCUGCUGGACUCUGCCUCAUUUCAGUGCUGGGAUUUGACCUGGGUUUCCUGGAUUCUUCCUCAUUUCAAUGCUUGCAAUUGAUCUGGGUUCUCCCUCAUUUCAAUGAGGAUUUGGAUUUGACCUGGGUUUCCUGGAUUCUCCCUUAUUUCAAGGCUGGAUUCACCUCUGUGCCUCCCUGUUUUCCCCUCUUCCAUCCAUACCUCCCCCUCCCCGAGCAGAACUGGGAGCUGCUGAGAU